CGUAACGCCCCCCCUCCCUCCUAAUCUUUGAUUACUUACUUUUUUUUGAGUUUUUCCCUCCUAAUUGCUUCCUCGCCUAUUCUAUUUAAUUCCUUCUUCUUUCUCUCAUCUCAUCUCAUCUCAUCUCCUCACCCAAACUCCACCUUUAUUCUCUCUCCCUUCACUCUCCCCACACUAUUCUACACACCCACACGCCGUCGUUUUUCUUCACUGUUAUAAUCAAUUCCCAAUUCUAUUCUAUCAGCCACUAUGGUCCUGGUCAUGGUCGUGGAGGAGGAACAACGGGAAUACGCCGCCGGCGACGUCACUUCUUCUCGGAAGCGGCCCCGCCGAGUCGUCGACGAGCCAUCUGCCGAUGAAGCCAGUUGCUUCCCCGCCAAGCUCGCUCGUCAAUCCGACUCCGAUUCCUCCAGAGGGUCGGGGGAGGCGAAGCGUAUCGAGGAGGAUUUGCUGAAUAUCCUCGACGACGCGGAUGAAUUACCUGCGAUUCAGGGUUUGGACUCUGUUAUCAGAAGCUUCGAGGAAGAGAUCCUUCUCCCGACUUCUUUGCCGCCGCCGGCGAUCCGCGAUGAAGUAGUGACGGUAUCCGAGCACGGUGAUUCCAGCCCGGUGCUAGGUCGUCUCCUGGAGGCGUCGGACGACGAGCUCGGCCUGCCUCCGAUGCUCGCCGCCGGGAAGGGAGGUGAAAUAAUUGGUUCCGCCGAUUCUCCGGCGGUGGACGGUCGUGAUCGUUGUGAAGAAGGGAUCCCGUUCGAAUCGGACGGUAAUGAUCGUUGUGACGAUUUCGAGGCGUUGGCGGAGCUAUUUGAUGAAUCAAACGAAACUAAUGGUGAUCCUGACCCGGCAGAGAUAUCCGAAUUACAAUGGCGGCCAGAGUCGCUGUCUGCUUCCUGAUAAAUUUCAAGGGAAAGAAAAUUUUGAGAGUUAAAAACUUCAAAAUUGGAUGGAAGGUAAGAAUCAAUAAAGCAGGAUGAAAUUAGGAAACCAGCAAGAGAAAACGUUUCGGCCGAUUUUGUCGAUUUUCGUGGAAGUUGCAAAUACGUCCGCUUCUGUUUUUUUUUUUUUUUUUGACAAACUCAGUUUCAUUAAACUGAAAAACAGUUACAAAGUUUAGGUACAAGCCCAUGGAGAGACAAUCAUAAUAAAUAAAGAAAAGGACCGGCUCAUUCCUGUAAGCCCACCACAUCAACAAAAUAACAAACUCAAAGCCCAAACAUGGAGGCCCACAACGAAAUACCCACUCCUAAACCCUAUCUAGAAUGAACCACCACAAAGAGAUCGCUGCCGCCGCUCAACAAUCCAAUCUGCCAAGAACCCAGAAGCUGCCGACCAGACAAGGAGGAACAUGAUGCCACAGAGGACCUUCGACCCAUGGAUGAAGGAGAAGACGCACCCAAAAGGCAGAGACGACCACCAAGAGCAAGGCAGAGACCAGAGGAAAAGCAUGCAACGAUCUCUGAGUGAGGCAUCCCCAUCUUCAAAACCAUAAACCGCAUCCGAGCCGAAACACGAAGAAAGGCCACAACAUCUCCGGAUCAUCGCGAUCUGUUGGAUGAAACAAGGAGGUAGAUGAAAGAUUCAAGGAAAGAAGAUGAGUUGAAGAAGAAAUCGACAACCCCCUUUGCAACUGGACAAAAGAGCUCCAAGAACCCUAGAUCUGAAGAUCAGACCAGAACUGGAGAAGGAACAGAACCAUCUCAUAAAGAGAGAUUCAACAACAGACCCACAAAGGGGGACAGAAAACCAGAUAGAGAACUGAAAAAGAAAUAAAGCAAGUAAAGGAAGAAGAUUAAAAAAAAAACUAGGGAGGGCCGCCACCGGUAGCCGGCAGCAGCCCUCGAAGGAAGAGGCGAAAGAGGAGUUCUAGAGAGAAGUGAGAGCUUUUAAAAUGAGAGAGAGAGAGGCGGCGUCCGCUUCUGUUUGAUGAUAUAAUAGGAUGUAAAUUUCUUAGCCCUUCAAUCGAUGUCAAGGAAAAGUAGAUUUCACCUUUUAUUUUCUUGCAAUAAAAUAUCCAAAAAUUG